ACGAGAGGGUUUCGAGAGAGGCAGGAAAUGGCGGCGGCGGGGGCCGGCGGCGGCGGGGGAGAGGAGCUGGCGGUGGUGUUCUCGCCGUCGGAGAUCGAGUACGUGAGCUACGGUGGGGAGCACCACCUCCCGCUCAUCAUGGGGCUCGUUGACGACGAGCUCAGCGAGCCCUACUCCAUCUUCACCUACCGCUACUUCGUCUACCUCUGGCCCAACCUCACCUUCCUCGCGUUCCACAAGGGCAAGUGCGUGGGGACGGUGGUGUGCAAGAUGGGGGAGCACCGGAACACCUUUAGAGGAUACAUCGCGAUGCUGGUCGUCAUCAAACCUUAUAGAGGGAGGGGCGUUGCUACUGAACUUGUUACUAGGUCUAUCCGAGUGUUGAUGGAAUCUGGAUGUGAGGAGGUAACUCUGGAAGCGGAAGUUACAAACAAGGGAGCUCUUGCACUAUAUGGUCGCCUAGGGUUCAUAAGGGCGAAGAGGUUGUUCCGAUAUUACUUGAAUGGAGUGGAUGCUUUCCGCCUGAAGCUAUUGUUCCCUCGCCCCAAUCCCUCCUUUCUUUCUAUGCCGGAUAAAAAUGACAGCCAGAACCAACCUGAUCACCAUCCAUAAGAAUGCUAUCAAAUUUUAUCUUGAUCCCUAGUGCAAGGUUCAGGGAGGAUGCAGGCAGAGGCAUGGAGCUGAUUACCUUCUUUGACAUGUUUGGCGUCUCUAAAUGGCUAAGAGGAGUGCCAUCGUGCUUCAGUUGAUUUUUUUAUUUUUAUUUUUUCAUCAUAGCUUCUGAACAAGAUAUGAUCUGUGUUCGGAUCCUUAAAAACUGCACAUUUUUUGGUUUCAGAAGGAAACAUGAAUUUUGUCAGAUAGGAUGGCGAGUAACUGCUGUAUUUGAUGAACUGUAACAAGGAUUAUGCUGAUCAGCAGUCGAAGAAAAGGGUGGCAUAUUUGCUUCUGAACUUA